AUGAGCAGUUCCGGAGGUCAAUCCGAAUCUUCGCAGCGAAAACCUGGCCGUCGCAAGUUACCCUUGCAAAAGAUAGAAAAGGAGAGCAACCGUCAAGUUACUUUCUCCAAGCGCCGAGAAGGGGUUUUCAAGAAAGCGAGUGAGCUUUGCACCCUUACUGGUGCAGAGGCUGGCGUCGUAGUCUUCUCGCCCGGAGACAGGGCCCAUUCGUUUGGGCAUCCAGGUAUAAACUUAGUGUCUGACAAGUUCCUCUCCCCAGAAAAUAUUGGUGUAGGUAAUCAGCAGAGAGAGGGUCAACAUUUGGUGGCGAUGCAGCAAAAUGGAGUUGAUGAUUUGGCUCGUGUAGAGGCAGGAAUAGCUGCAGAGAAAGCAAAGAAAGAAGAGCUAGAGAGGAUAAAAAGGGAGAGUAUGAUACCCCUGGGAUGUGCAGGUUUGGAGGGACUCGGAUACGAGCAACUCCAGUUGUUGAAAGAAGCUGUGACAAACUUUGGAAAGAAUGUGAGCAACAUGGUUGCGGGAGCGCCUGUUGCUCCACCAGCUGCGAAUGUGAGCAUGGAUUUCGCAUUUGGGGUUGGUUCCAGCACCAUGGUGCCAGAUAAUAAAUCGGCGGGGCAGGGUGGCAGUGGCAGCGGCAACAACAACGCCACCGACAGGAACUAUAAAGGUGGUCGGUAA